ACGCGAGGUGAUGUGGUCUAGAUCCGCGCAUGGGUACUAGGCUGUAAACAAGUCAUAGGGACGUAGCUCCUGCAACCAGGAAGUCCCUUUUCCAGGUGCGGGCGGGGCUACAGGGUGAGUAUCGGGGUUGCCGUGACGUCAGAGGAGAACAAGGGAGCGCUGACUUUCAACCGAGGAGUGGUCGGGGCCGCGGGAGUCUUCUCUGACCAUGGAUGCCGCGGCGCUGGAGCAGGACGCCGUGAAGUUUGCGCAGCUGGCGGUGCAGCAAGAUCAGGCGUGCCGCUACCGUGAAGCAGUGUUUUAUUACAAGGAAGCUGCACAGGCUUUGAUUUAUGCUGCAAUGGCAGGUUCAACUCUGGAAAAUAUUCCAGGGAAAAUAAGUGAAUAUUUGGAAAGAGUUCAAGCCCUAUACUCAGUUCAGUCUCAGAAAGCUGACCCCUUGAAGUCAAAGCAGCAGUUGGAUUUGGAGCGUGCCCAUUUCCUGGUUACACAGGCUUUUGAGGAAGAUGAGAAAGGCAACGCAGACGAAGCGAUCGAGCUGUACACAGAAGCAGUGGAACUCUGUUUGAAAACAGCUAAUGAAACUUCAGAUACCGCUCUUCAAACAAAACUGAAGCAACUGGCUCGGCAGGCAUUGGACAGAGCAGAGGCACUGAAAGACUCCAAGCUAUCACAAAAAGACAGGUCAGCUGCCGUGAAACCAAAUCCGCCUGUGAGGACUUUCUUCCCACUGGGACCCGACUUCACCUUGAAUGACAAGCCGCAGACCAUCAGAGCUGUGCAUGCCAGCGAACCUCAAGGCCUGCGCUACACUGCCCAGGAGAUUGAAGUGCUCAGGAAAACUUCGAAGAUCAAUGGCAUUGAGUACGUCCCUUUCAUGAGUGUUGACUUGAGAGAGCGUUUUGCUUUUCCAAUGCCUUUCUCAGAUAAAUAUGGCAAGCUGCCAUUAUCUCCCAAGCAAAAGGCAAUGUUUUCUCGCUGGGUACGACCAGAUGAAAUAACAAAUAAUCCCACAAUGAUCUAUACUGUGUCAAGUUUCAGCAUAAAACAGACAAUUGUGUCAGAUUGUUCCUUCGUGGCAUCGCUUGCUAUCAGUGCAGCAUAUGAAAGACGAUACAACAAAAAAUUGAUUACCAGCAUCAUUUACCCUCAGAAUAAAAAAGGAGAGCCAGAAUAUAAUCCAUGUGGAAAGUACAUGGUCAAGCUGCACAUCAAUGGUGUCCCCAGGAAGGUGAUAAUUGAUGACUUGUUACCAGUAGAUCACAGUGGAGAACUUCUUUGCUCUUAUUCAAACAACAAAAAUGAACUCUGGGUAUCAUUGAUAGAAAAAGCAUACAUGAAGGUCAUGGGAGGCUAUGAUUUUCCAGGAUCAAAUUCUAAUAUUGAUCUCCAUGCGUUGACUGGUUGGAUACCUGAAAGGAUUGCUAUGCAUUCAGACAAUCAGGCUUUUAACAAAGAUAGUUCAUUCAGGAUGCUUUACCAGAGAUUCCACAAAGGAGAUGUCCUCAUUACAACAGCUACGGGAGUGAUGACUGAAGAGGAAGGAGAAAGAUGGGGCUUGGUGCCAACCCAUGCCUAUGCUGUUCUGGAUAUUAGAGAAUACAAGGGGCUUCGAUUUCUGCAGCUGAAAAAUCCCUGGAGUCACCUCCGUUGGAAAGGAAGAUAUAGCGAAAAUGAUACAAAGAACUGGACCCCUGGCCUUCAGAAAUAUUUAAACUUUGAUCCCAGAACAGCCCAGAAAAUAGACAAUGGAAUUUUCUGGAUUUCCUGGGAAGAUCUAUGCAAAUACUAUGACGUUAUUUAUUUGAGCUGGAAUCCAAGUCUUUUUAAAGAAUCCACAUGUAUUCACAGUACUUGGGAUGCAAAACAAGGCCCUGUAAAAGAUGUCUACAGCCUAGCGAAUAAUCCACAGUACAAACUGGAGGUUGAGUGCCCCCAAGGUGGUGCUGCCCUGUGGGUUCUGCUCAGUAGACACAUUACUGACAAGGAUGAUUUUGCGCACAACCGGGAAUUCAUCACAAUGGUUGUGUACAAGACAGAUGGGAAAAAGGUCUACUACCCUGCGGAUCCUGCUCCCUAUAUUGAUGGGAUUCGAAUCAACAGUCCCCACUAUCUGACCAAGAUAACGCUGACUUCUCCAGGGACUCACACGUUUACCCUGGUGGUUUCCCAGUACGAGAAACAGAACACAAUCCACUAUACCCUCCGGGUAUAUUCAGGGUGCAAAUUUACUUUCUCUAAGAUCCCAACACCAUACACCAUAUCGAAACGGGUAAAUGGGCAGUGGAAAGGUCACAGUGCUGGUGGAUGUGGGAAUUUCAGAGAGACCUCCAAGAACAAUCCUGUUUAUCAGUUCCAGCUAGACAAGACCGGGCCACUCUUAAUUGAGCUACGAGGACCAAGGCAGUACAGUGUUGGGUUUGAAGUGGUGACAGUCUCGACGGUAGGAGACCCAGGUCCUUCAGGUUUUCAGAAGAAGAAUAGUGGUGAUUACAGGUGUGGAUUUUGCUACCUGGAAAUUGAGAGUGUACCAGCUGGCAUUUACAAUAUUAUUCCAAGUACCUUCCUGCCUCAGCAGGAAGGGCCCUUUUUCUUGGACUUCAAUAGUGUGACUCCUCUUAAGACAUCACAGCUGCAAUGAGGUGGCCUGGCUUUGUGUGUUUGAGCUGACAGCCUGACUUUCACUGGAGAGCCUUAGGAGAACCUACAUAAGAAAGGACUACACAGAAGGCACAGAAGGAAUCUGCAUUCUCUUAGGAUGAAUCUCACCUCAAAGUUGAAGUCUCUACAUGGUAGAUCGCUGGCCCAUAGCAAUCUCUUAUAGGGAGCAGAAACUAUUGGGCUGUUGUGUUGUUGUUUUUCAUUGUGGCAAAAGUGACAGCAAGUGAAGGGAAGCUGCUUGCUUGGGGUUUUCCCCCUCAAUGCUGCUGACAAACUUGUAACUGAAUGCAAUCAUGCAAUUGAUUUUUGGCAUGGCUCAGCUUGCACAAUUUUGCACCUUAUUAUCUUUCAUCAAGUUUUGGUUUUAAAAUGCCUCUGUUUCUCUCUUCCAUUAACUUACCUUGGACGUUUCCAAAUAUAUGCUGAUAUUGCUCCAGUUCCAUUAAUCUUAUGCUGAGAUAGCUGUGCUUUGGGAAACACUGCUUGUUCAGAGGUGGCACAAGCAACAGUAGCCUGAACAGGUAGUUUCUUUAUUCUGCUUUUUUAACUUGUUAGGGUGGUGCCAGGGUUAAUUUUCAUUCUGAAAAAGCAGCCUAGAAGAACUAGAAUUACUUACAUGCAGCUUCUCAACAAAAGUUCUUGAAACAGUUUACACAGAAAAAUAAACAUAAGAUGGUUUCCUGUCCUAGAAGGCUCACAACCUGGAAAAGAAACAAAGUAGACAUAAGCAACAACCACUGGAGGGGUGCUGUGCUGGGUUGGAUAGGGACAGUGCCUCUCCUCCUGCUAAAUGUAAGAGAGCCAGCACUUCAGAAAGUGCCUCUGCUCAGUUAGCAGAGGCUCUAGAACUGCUGUUCUAGGGCUUGGAUUUUUUACACUUAUUGCUACUUAUGUUGACAAACUUGGUAAGUGUAGCUAGUAGGCUUGUGUACAAGAGAAAGUGUUGGGUUUAUUAAUUCAUUUUUAAUUUAUUUGGUUUAUAUACCACCCUUCCUAAAGUGAUGCAGGCUGUGUGACAUUAAAAUCAAAAACACUUAAGUUAAUAAAAACACAUUUGAACCAGAUUAAAAUUAAAACUAAAAAACUAGAUAUUAAAAGCCAGGCUAAAAAGAUGGGUCUUUAAGGCUCUUCUGAAGGCCACCAAGGUAGAUAAUGCUCUCAUAUCUACAGUGAAUGCAUUCCACAACCUAGUGGCAACAACUGAGAAGGCCUGAUCUGAGGUCACCACCAGAGGUACCAGUGGCACCUGAAGAUGGACCUCUCCUGAUGAGCUAGCUACUCUACCAGUGUGAUAGAUCAUUCCUUACUACACGUUUCCAUCAAGCUGCUACUUCGAUGAAUCUGUGUUGCAGUAUGUUUUUUACUGCUAAAGUAGCCAAGGAGAGAGUUGUAUUUAUCUGAGAAAUGGUGUUUGUUCCAUGCAAUGCCUGUACAUGUAGAAAGCUUAGAGGAGCUCAUAACACAAUGGAUGGAGGAUGUGUAACUUCCUUGUGAGGAAUCAAUUGUGGUCCACAUGGUCAGGAUUUUGACACAAGACUUUCCCCCCUUUAAAAAAAAAAAAAGCCCCACUCUUCAUGAAUAAAUCCUAGCUGCAUAGCUCUUGCUCUUUUCAAAAGCAGUCAGUUUAGAGAUAAUGAAAUGCAAAACUUAAAGUGGAUUAAAACCAUUGUAGAGUAAGAACCAGGAAGGGGCAGUCAAAGUUUGAGACCUAGUUAUCCUCUAGUACUACAUAAGUUUAGGACAUCAUGUUUCACCAGUUGAACUGUAGAAGACUUUUCUUUCCAACCUACAGAAAUAGUCCAUUUCUGUAUGCAAGGAGGAGGUCUGGAGAUGCAAGCAGACCCUGUGGUGGUUCAAACUAUUUUUACAUCAAAAUUAUAUGCUAGUUUGUUCUAGACUCUGCCUGUUUCCCCCAAUACCUUCAGUGUGUUCCUUUGUUUUAAGAGCAGUAGCAGUAAUUCUGAUCACUUGGGAUGCAUGCACAUGCCCAGCAUAAUUACCGCAACACUACCAAGCCACUCAACAGGAAAAGAUAGCGUUUGGUGUAAUUUGUAGUGAUAGCUGUCUUUGAAAAGAUUAUUAAAUCACAAGCCUUGUAAGUGCUGUUCUGUAAUGGGCCAUCUGGGCUAGUGGGAAUUGAAUCAUGCUCUGUGCUUGCCAGUAACUUGCAGUUCAUCAGCUUUGCAGGGUAAUUAGCAAGAUGAAAGUUAUAGCUGAAGCUUUGACAACAAGGCAGACAGCACUACAAAAGACUUGAACAGCUGGUUUUCAAGUAGCCUUUUGAAAGGACCACUUCACACAUUUUUUAGAUAAGUCAUUCAGGUAGGAAAUUAUGAAACCCAUAUGUUUGUCAUGCAUUUUGCUUGGUGUAUGUUUGCUAUAGAAUGCACAGGACACAUGGGGUUUCUCUACUUUGUCAUUCGCUUGCUGGGUACGCCUGACUUCUUGUAUGUGUAAACUACAGUUGGCUUUCUAAGGGUCAUGGUAAAGCAGUUAUGCUAACUUCUAAAUACUCAUUGCCUGUGUUCACUGCAAAAAGCUGAAGCCAGCCAGUCAAGGAACUGGGAGGAUGAGCUUACUGCUAUUUAUAUUCUGCUUUUCAACAACAAAAAAGUCUUCAAUUAUCUGCCAACACAGAAUGCCAAAACAUUUAAAAUGGAAACCUAAGUGUAGACUGUUGAAUUUCUUCUCACACUUUCAGUUUCGUGCACCUUUCUGGCAUAGUUCCAGCACCUCAGCUUUCAUCACCUCCUUCCAGGUCUAUAAAUAUGUAGCAUUCGUAUAACAUUUCAAGUGUGUGCAGCAUCUCACAUGUACUGUCUUGAUGAAAUCCUUAUAACAAGCCUGCAAGAUAAGUAGGCAUUAUCCACCCAUUACAGCAGGGGAACCAAGGAGGGAAUGGCUUGCCUAAGGCCCACUAGCAAGUUCAGGGCAAAAGGUAAGAUACAAAUCAGGGAAGUGUCAGUUUUACUAUCCAGUUUCUAAUGCACUUUUCCUUAGAAACUAUGUAAAAGUAUAUAUAUUAAAAUGUUAGAUUUUAAUGACUUCAGCGGCCUUUUUCCUGGCAAUUUAAAUCACCUUCAUUCAUUUAAAUCAAUAGAUCAGCAUCUAUUAAACUGUUGCCAGACAUGGGCCCAAUCCAGCACAUACUAAAUGCACAUCAGAGUAGAUGAUACAGUUUCUUUAGAAGUUGUAGACUUCUCUGAAAAUUCAAAAUGAAAUCUGAACUUAAUGCAAAUUAUUUUAGAACUAAAAUGUAGGGCCCUCUUAUAAAUGGCUGCUUUUAUUCAAAGAAUGGAAAACACAUCUCCCUUCCCCGCAAGACGUCAUAUAGCACACAUGUUCAUGUCUGUGUGAUUGGUAGACAGUUCCAGCACCUCAGCCAGGGAUUAGCAGGUCACCACAGCUAUCAUUCACUGAUCUAUCUGGCUGACCUUUUAUUCGUAAUCUGUGCAGCUGGCUCAAUCAGUACUCUCAUAUUUGACUGUAUCUGCCAGUCAACCAAUUAGUAUGCAUUUUUACUUAAACUAUGUAACAAAAUGUAAGAUUAAUGACUUCAACUUGGCCUCUUUCCUGGCAAUUUAAAUCACCUUGCUUCAUUUAACCCAAUCUACACUAGUACACAUCUGUGUGCUCAUCUGGUUUCUAAAUUGUCUGGCAGUAGUAAUAUGAUGCAAAGGCAGAUAUUCUCCACCAGAGGCCAGUGUUGGUCAGAGAGAAGACAUGGUGCUACCAUCCAGCUGCUGACUUCAUAGCAUCAAGCUAGCUCAGUUACAGAUUUAUGAAGCUCCUACUUGUUGUCUAAGACAUCUCCUCUUGCAGAACAAAAACUGACCACAAGAUGAAUGCCUUUAGGGUUCCAAUAGGGCUUUAUUUCUGGAUCCUAUUCUUGGAGCACAACCACACAAGACCUUCCUGUGCAGCACAUCAAAUACACAAAUGAGAGGAAGAAGAAAGGGAAACGCAUUGUAUUGUAGGAAACCCCUAAAAAAGAACUUCUCACUCCCAGGAAUCACACAGACUGUUACUAUCACCCUGUACCCCAACAUACUUCCACUGUGCAGAGCAGAUACUUGGAGAACUAGCAGGAGCUACAGUAAGUGUGGAUCCAGUGUGAAAUGCAGGUGUCAACUGAACAUCCAGCAUGCAUCUAACUCCACUGAACUUUCAACAAAGCCAACCAAUGUAUGAAGGUAUGCAGAAGCACUGCCAACAGAGCCCAUUCUGUGGUGCCUGAACAAACAUGGCGCUUCCAGCAAAGCUAGGGUUGACAACAUGGCCUCUUAUUCAAGACUGUACAAUGCUGGCCACUACCACACCCCUCAGAAAAUCCCUUAGGUGUUCAGGCUGCUGAUCACAGAAGGAGCUGCCAUCACGGUUACAGUGUUUCCCUUUUCCAGUGACUGCUGCCAUAAGCAUGAGCAGUGCAGUAAAGGGCAGGACUUCGAGCCCGCUUUCAGCACUUUGUUUUUUGAAUGUCCAAAUAAAGCUCAUGGCUUGCCCCCAAAACUUGUGUUUUGCUCUGUGCUUCAGUAUAAACGUGCUUCCACACAAACACAC